UCGCGCUCUGCCAAGUUUAUUAUAAACACCGCGCGAGCCGCAGCGCGCUGUCAAACGGAGCGCGAGAGCAGAGCGAACUGCAGUCCCGGGAGGAAGACUGAAGAGACGGACAGAGAGAGAGAGGAGAGAGAGAGAGAGAGAGAGAGAGGAGAGAGGAGACAGUGAAGAAGGAGAGUGAAGCUGUAGAGAGAAAAAGCGAAAACAUCUGGAUUAUUUACCAAGAAACAAACAAACAAACGUCCGCGUGGCAGUGAGAUAUAUACCGCACAGAGCUGACAGGAGUUGUCCUUGGAGAUACUGGAGAGACAGACAGACCGACUCUGACUGCCCUGAACAAUACUCACUCUAUCUCCUAAAAUAAAAGGCGGCUGAAGACGGACCCGAAACCUCUCCGCUCAGAGUCAACCCCUCGUCGUUUCCUCUGCAGACCGGUGUUUGCACCGGCUGAUCUCCAUGUAUAAGAUGGAUUACUCCUACCUGAACUCCUAUGACUCCUGCAUGGCGGCCAUGGAAGCGUCGGCCUACGCGGACUUCAGCUCAUGCAGCCAGGCCAGCUCCUUCCAGUACAACCCGAUCCGGAGCGGACCCUUCUCCAACCCGGGCUGCACCCCGCUCAGCACGGCCAGCUGCACCCUGGGAGCCCUGCGAGAGCACCAGCCCACACCGUACUCCUCAGUCCCUUACAAGUUCUUCUCGGACCCCUCCGGCCUGAACGAGAAGAGGAAGCAGCGGCGCAUCAGGACCACCUUCACCAGCUCCCAGCUGAAGGAGCUGGAGCGGGUCUUUGCCGAGACUCACUAUCCGGACAUCUACACCCGGGAGGAGCUGGCACUGAAGAUAGACCUUACUGAGGCCCGAGUACAGGUGUGGUUUCAGAACAGGCGUGCCAAGUUUCGUAAGCAGGAGCGUGCAGCCAAUGCCAAAGCCAACAGCUCUGGUGGCACCUCGGGCAGCACCAGCAGCAGCAGCUCUGGAGGGAAGAAGGGCGGAGAGCCGAGAUCUUCAUCAGAUGAUGAUGAGUCCAAAGAAUCCACCUGUAGCCCCACACCUGACAGCACGGCCUCCCUGCCCGGCUCGGCCAACGGAAACUUGGGCAGCCCCGCCAGUCUGAGCCCCAGCCCGGCUCCUGCCAACAGCGGCUACGCCAACGCCUCCAACUCUCCGGUUCUCCAGGGGCUGAAGCCACCCAGCUGGUCCAGCCUGGGGCCGUCCAACCCGGCCGUGGCCCAGCCUGCCGUCCAGACUCAGGAGAUUCUGAAGGCCUGGCAGCCGGCGGACAGUAUGACCGGGCCCUUUGCCGGAGUCCUGUCCUCCUUCCACAGAAAACCCAACCCCGGCAUCAAGACAAACCUGUUCUGAAGCACAGAGGAAGAGAGAAUGACAGACAGACAUUGUGUGGUGUCCUGGAACAGCGAGGAGUUUCCAGCUUUUGUUGAGAGAGUCAGGACUUGCCCGUUAUACCGCUGAACUCACUGGUGUAGUCUGCUGUGGUUCAGCGAGGCCCUCGGUUCCCCUCUAAAAGACGAUCAAAACUCAAAGCUCAGAUAAGAAUAAGCCGGUCACCAUCUCUCACCCCAAAAUAUUAUGCAACUGCAAACUCUUCACGUUCACCCUCAGAUCAGAGCCCUUCAUACAGUUUGACAAGAAAUCCCCUCUUCCGCAGAUAAAGCAGACGCAGUGUAGUCUUCAUGUACAGGCCCUCACACUCCACAUCGUCAAAGGGAUGUUUGUGUGCAGCAUUAACUGAUAAACACAUCAGAUAUGCAUACACACAUUCAUACACACCCUCUGUUGUCCGUGUUUUCUUGCACACGUAGACUCACAUUCCCACACUCACUGCCAUUCCAAGAAACCCCCGCAGUGGGUCUGAUGAGCAUGGUGGUCAGGUACGAGUUUAAAGCAGAAAUCUAAACAUCACGCUCCGGUCUCUGCUGGGGAAACAAAACAGAACAAACUUUUACCCUCAAGCACAACUUCCUCUAAGCCCCCUGACACACACACACACACACACACACACACACACACACACACACACACACACACACACACGCACACACAGACUCCCACCAGAAGGGAACCGGGUCCCCUUAAAUCUCUUUGCCGAGCAGAGCAGAGCACCCCAAAAUCCAAUUAGAGCAGCCGGGUCCAGACCAGACACCAGUUCAUCCCCUCCUCCUUCUUUACUGUAUCAAGUCCUGACUCCCCCACUCUCAUCCUCAAUGUGACCCCCAACCCCCACCCUCAACCCCUCCAGGCUUUAUGGUCCCAUCCCUUCACUCUCUCUGUCCCAUCAUGCCUUUCUCCAUCAAACAGUGGGCACUUUGUUAAAGUUCAGCAAGGGAAAGAGACGGAGAUCUGCAGUUUCCUGCCCUGUUCUUUGGGUGGAGAGGUGAAGAGUUAUACACAGAGCAGCAGAGUGUAACCUACAAAUCUGUCAAUCUAAUUAUAACUGACUUCUGCUGUUGGUAUCAUGGUACUACGACCGGUUUCUCUCUUUGGUCACAGACUGAAGUUGUUUUUUGAUGAUUUCUCCUGCUGGAUUAAUGGGAAGGAAUGAGUUUGUUCAGCAGUGCUUCAGUCUGUGGUUUGAACUCUAGCGGACUUAUAACUCAUCGCCCGCUCUGACUCUUUUAAGUUUCAUUAACUCUGCCGCAGCCGACAAAUAUGGGACGAUCUCUCUCAGAAAUGCAACACAAACUGGUCAAAAUGUUGGCAAUAUAGAGAGACAUGCAGACAGUUGCUAGAGUUUUCUACUGUAUGUCCAUUAAUACCCUGAUUUUGCCCUUUUGUUGUUGUUUUUUUGCUAAAAAGCAGACGUCUGUAUGUUCUUCCACCAUGCCAAGUUGCUUGUGUAUCAUCCCCAUUUUAUUUUGUUGCAAAUCACUGAAACAAGAUUGAUUUCAGAGCUGAAACAAGAUUGAUUUCAGAGCUGAUUUAUUAUAUUUUUUUUGGGGGGGUUAAUCCAGAAAUCUACUCAAAAAGGUAAAAAAAACCAUGUAUUUAUUAAUAUUCUUUAUUAUGUCAGUGAGGAAAAACCCCACAAAUUUCUUUGAACUGCUCCAUGAAAUUUUGUGACUGUAAAUUCCGUAAUUAGUAAUAUAAAUAUUAGGUAGCCUUUUGUUUAUUCCUCUCAUGUUGCUUUACAGAUUUAUUUCAUUGCAGAGCAUCUGUCUCACAGACCAACACGUCCACGAAAACUAUGAAUCGACAGAAGCUCUAGUGAAUGAGAAGUUAUAGCACUACUCUGAAUAUUCUAAUAAAUCUACAUUAUGGAAGCACUA